AGUCUAUCAUCCGUCAAUCUAUUGUCAUAUAUUUCCUUUGCUUAAGCUUUGGUUAUAUUGGUUCAAUGGUUAAUAAAUCCUAUCGACCAGUUAUAUUUCUACAUAUAUAGCUUGUAAUUUUAUUAAAAUAUUGAAUCAGAUUAUAUAAUGCGAAGAAUUUGUGAGAAUUAUGAGUAGGAGAAUAUACUACUUAAGUGUAACCAUUGUAGUACUUCGAUCACUGGACUUUUAGAGUUACGUCUCUAUGUUUGACAAGUGACAUGACAAAUGAUAGUUAUAUAAGACAUUAAAAAGUUGUCAGUGUUCUGUAUUCUGCGUUUACAUACAGCAUUUUGGAGCGGAGAAAUUCUUUGUUCAUUUUUUUAUAAAUUCAAGUUUUUAUGUAUUUCUUCCUAAAAAUAUAAUGGCUGUUCGAUUUCUAUAAACUUACUUCUCACGUUCAUUUCACGCGAAGAGAUAUUUCCUAAAAUCACAAUGACAUCUGGCAACAACAUUGAAUCGGAAUACUUACAGCUGAAUGCUAAAAAUGAAUGGCAAAUUCUUUAUCAGAGAAUCCGCAAUCAGAGUUAUAAAGACAAUAUAUACACAGAAGCUGUCAAACCACAAAAUAAGAUUUUAAAUAGGUACAGAGAUGUGAAUCCUUAUGAUCAUAGCAGGAUAGUAUUGAACCGUAAUUCAAUAGAUUAUAUUAAUGCUAAUCUUGUUAAAGUUGAAAGAGCGAAUAGACAGUAUAUUCUCACCCAAGGACCGUUAUCUAAUACUUACAGUCAUUUUUGGUUGAUGAUAUGGGAACAACAGACCAAAGCGGUAGUCAUGUUAAAUAAAUUGGUAGAAAAAAAGCAAGACAAAUGUUAUCAAUAUUGGCCGUCCAAAAUUGGUUCAGAACAUAUAAUGAAACUUGAAGACGUCGGAUUAACUGUAGAAUAUUUAGAACAGCAAGACCAUUCUUAUUAUUUAACACGACUGCUUAGACUGACCGAUACCGAAAGUGGCAAAUCUCGUGAUAUCAUACAAUUUCAUUAUACAACUUGGCCAGAUUUCGGAGUUCCUUGUUCACCUACAGCGUUUUUAGAAUUCCUUAAAAAAGUUAGAGAUGCAGGAGGAUUGGAAGCAGACGUCGGACCUGCAGUGGUGCAUUGCUCUGCAGGGAUUGGUAGAUCUGGGACGUUUUGUUUAGUUGAUUCUUGUUUAGUUUUGAUCGAAAAAUAUGGUAUAAAUUCCGUGGACGUUAAAGAAAUUCUAUUAGAAAUGAGGAAAUAUCGAAUGGGUUUAAUUCAGACCGCCGAACAGUUGAGGUUUUCAUAUCAAGCUAUCAUAGAAGGAACUAAACAAAUAUUUAAUCAAAAUUCAGAUGAUAAUAAGGACAACCAUGUAGUAAUAAGUAACAACAUAUCGCCAAAUGUUUCGGAAGAAAAUUCCGAAUCUGAAGACGAACCUCCACCAUUACCUCCCCCCCGAAUGGAAAGUCUCAAUAAAACAAAUGGAAAUGGUAUUGAUAGGCCUCUUCCACUUAUACCAAAAAGUAUAUCUGAAGAUAACGGUUGGAAUUUCGAAAACAAAGAAUACCAAGACGAAGAGCUUCAGUCUUACAUACCAAGUGGUCCUUUACCAGUUGUCCCUGGAGAUGAACUUAGCGAAGAAGAUGAAUUAGAAGAAGAGGAUGAUGAUGACGAAGAAGUUAGAUCUGAAAGUCCUGUUUCGGAUCACUCGGAUUUAAUUAACUCCAAACAAAGCUCCGAGUUAAGACAACGAAAUCGAUUGGAGAGAAAAGAAAAAUUGGAGGCGCAAGUUAGAGAUAUGAAACGUCGUCAACAAGCCAACGAACAGUGGACGCAAUUGAAGAGGUCUUUAUAUUUACCUUUAGUUAUAGGAGGCACCCUUAUUUUGGGCGGUGGUCUCAUUGCUUACUUUUAUUUCAAAGAUUGAACGGACUAAUCGCACUUUUUUUGUAUUUAUUAUUUACCAGCUGAUAUAGAUUGUUAAGUUUAGAAAAUGGGGGUUGUCGCAUUUGUUUUUAUUUUCUAAAAUACUUUUUUUGUGUUGUUUUGCCCUCUUUCUAGGCAAAUAUUCUUUAGUGGUCGUUGUCGAAGCUGAAUAAGGUAUUGUGUCCAGUAAUAGUUCCCAUUUUAUGAAUUAAUCAUUAAUACAAAACAUAAUUGUCAAAUUUUAAAUUUUAUAGAUUUUUUUUUGAUAAUUAAACAUUUAUUUUCGAUUUAGGUAAACUGGAACUAUUUGAUUGGUAAUUUACAGUGCUUCCAGUACCUUUUUAUAGGUUUAUAAACUUAGUAUCCGCCAAUUUGUCAACACAACAACCCUCCCUUUAUGUCUAAUUAGAUUUACAUUUUGUUUCUUAUUCACAUCUUAUAGUUUAAAUUCGAUGCCAAAGUGUUAAUUCCGUAGCUCCUGUUAUUCUUUAAAAUCUAAUUUUGGAAGCUCCGGAAAUACUUUUCUAAUUAUUUGUAAUUACUUGCUAAUGGAUUUUAUUAUAAUUAUCUACAGCAACAAAGUAGGAUUUGGCAAUUAUAUGUUUCACUAAAAUAUCCCAAAUAGGAAUUAAAUCAGCCUGAUGAGUAUUUUGAAUUACUUUUGCUAUCAUCUAGGAUAUGUUGCUAAUAUAUUUUGUUAUAAUUACUUAAAGAAACAAGAAAUCAGACAUUUUUUUUAAAAUAAUACACCGGCAUCAAAAUUUUGUUUGAAUACUUCAAAGUCCGUUUAGCAACAGUUGCUAAUGAAUUUUGGUAUAACUGCAUAUAUAAUGAGCAAAAAAAGAAGGAAAUGACCACAUUGUUUCUUUUAAUAACUUUCGUAAUGUAAUCUGAGGUGUGUUGCUAAUAAACUUUGCUCUAAUUGCAUACAGAAUCAACAACAAAAUGAUAAUAAGAAAGCAGACAUGUUUUUGGGAACCAUAGAACAGUAUUAAAAUAUUUGUUGCCUCACAAUUGGUUUUAAAUACCAUAAAGUCCGUUUAGCAACAUUGCUAAUAGAUUUUGCAAUAAUUGUGUACAGAACAGCAACGAAAUACAUGUUUUUUCAGAUCAAUACAGUAGAUAGAUAUUUGUUAACUUCACCAUAGUUCUAUUUAAAUUGAGUCAUUAAUACAUUUUGCUAAAAUAAUUAAGGUAAUUAAGAACUAGCAAAUUUCGAUUACAGUGUUGAAGAAAAUGUCUGUCGUUACGUUUAGUUUUAUUGUUGAUUGUGCAGACAAUUAUUAUAGCAAAAUGCAUCAGUAACAAAUUCCAAAUUAUCUCGAUGGUACCUAAAUCUGACAAAAUUCAUUUUUUGCAUAUUUUUUUUUAAAGUAGGCAGAUUUCUUUUUUCUAAUUUGUUGAUGUCUCUGUAGACAAUCGUUAUAGUAAAAUUUAUUAGUAGGAAAUUCCAAAUGAUCUCAAAGGAAUUUUUAAAACAUUCGAUUAAGAGGAAUUGACUGUAGCAAUAAAAUUAAUUGUUCGAUAAACUAAUUAGCUGCUAAUUCUCCAAUGAAACUAGUUUGAUUUUGGUGACUUGUCACUAGUAGCUUUUUAGACCUUUCUGCAUGACUCGUUUUUGUUAUUUCGAUAUAAAAUUAUUCCUUCUUAUCGUCUUAAAACUCGUCCUUGAAUGAAUUCAAUUUUGUUAAAUGGAUAAAAUAUAAAUUAAAACAAACUCUCGUUACCCUUAAAGAGGGCAAAAAAUAUAUUUUUAUAUAAAAAAAUUAGACUGAACGAGUGCUAUAACUCCUCUUUAUGUCUUGCUGAUAUUGCGCAAGAUAUAUUUUGUAUAUUCUAUAAUGUAUCAGGUGAUCACAAAAUGUUUUUGGUAGCACUGGCAACUUUAUCUAUAAUUGUUUUUGUUGAAGAAAAGAAACAUAUCAGUAAUUUCAUGUGAUUUUUUCUUGAAAUAAUCUUCCGUAUCGUUUCAAUUUGUAAUUGCCAAAAAAUAUCGGUUUUGGAUAACGAAAAUCAAAAGUAAUUUGGUGUAUCUUCCAUUUAAUUUUGUUCAUAUUGUAUGUGAAUGUUGAAGAUGAACCAGUGGCAAAAUUAAACUCAAUUGGAGUCAAAUUCAAAUUAUGAUUCAAAAAGUGAAUUUGCAUUUUUGAAUUAGUGUUUAUUUUAGCACAAAUUUAAACGAUUUGCAAAGAAAAAUGUUUCGAGUUUUUGAAAAACUACUUCGAACAUCUUUUUUUUGAAAAUAUUCCAAAAAUAUAUGUUUUGUAUAAAAUUUUGUAUUUGGGGUAUUGACAACUAACGAUUUAACUUUAUAGUUCAGUUAUAAAAUUUUUAAAUCUCUUAUUAGACUUAUUAGGUACGAUUAAAACAAAAAUAUUUAUCGGAAUAGUUUCCAAAAAAGCUUUUUGAAGUAUUUUUCAAUAUUUAUACCUCUUUUCUCAUCUACCACCACUUCUUUUAAAUCCUUUGAGUGUGUAAAAAUGUAUCUAUAUCCCAAAAUGCAUUUUUAAUUUUUGAGUCGUGAUUUAAUUGGACUAUUUCGAUUUUUGAUUUCAAAUUUGUGUUUUUUCAAUUACUAACUCAGUAUUUGAAGUAUAAUCGAUCCUGGCGGUAUUUGAAGGAUCAUUUAUUGAUCAAUUUAUAUCAUUCGCACUAAUAUUGAGUUCGCUGUUCCGGAAAAAUAGUGAUGUAAAUGUCAAAACAUCAAUUUUAUAGAAGAGAAAAAAACAAUUUGCAAUUGUAUAAAACAACAAUGUAAUGAGACCUUGUAGAAUACUUAUUUAAAUUUCAUUUUCCAUUGAUUAGGACGUAAUCACCCUAAUUACAACCCGUAAGUGCAUACCGUCAACUCUUUCAGAGAUUUCAUGGAAAUUUCUUCUCCGAUCAUAAGAGAUGAAAAAAAAAAGAGUGGGAGUCACUUUAGGGUUUUGUCAGAAAUUGCAUUUGUCAAUUUUGAUCCACGUGUCAUUGCAUGAAGUCACUUCAUUGAACGAAGGUAAAAUAAGUUGAUAUUCAGACUAUGAUUGGAACUGGAACUACAGUUACGUCCAUAAUUUGUCUAAUAUUAUCUAAAAACUUAUUACCAUUUAAUAUUUUUGAAGUGCAUCAUUGUUCUUCCGGAACAUCGAUAUAUAAUUUUUGAGAUAUAACCUUUAUUUGGUGUGUUUCAUAAAAACGCUUGCUAAAAAAACAGUUAGUCAUAUCAGGUUUGUUCUUAAGUUCAUAGGACAUUGAAUUCCAAAAAUAGAUCAUUAUCAACCGUUUUCGUUGGUACCAUUUUAUAUCCACAGUGCUUUUCAAACCGUCUUACAUCAUUUAAGAUCUGCAAUUACUAUUUUUUACAAAAAUGAUUAUCUUACGCAAUAUAAGAGAUCUAAAAAAUAUUUGUCUGUACAUUUAUUGAUCUAUUCUAAAGGAAACGAUAUCCGAAAAAAAUGCAAUAUGAUAAACACUUUUUAUACGACACUUUACAAUAUUUCUAUAGGGCAAAUUUAUCUAAUAGGAAAAAAAAUAAAUGAAAUUACUUGUAGUAGGAAAGAAGACAGGUCAAAAGACUGAAAAACAAUUACUCCCAAUUGAAUGCAGUAUUUGUCGGAAUUUGAAUGAAUAUUUAAUUGAACAGGAAUGUGGACAUUAUUCAUUUGAUAAUUUAGAACAAUAUCUUUUUAAGAUUUUUUUUCUUUUACUCUUAUUAACCAUACAAAAUCUCAUUUUACUAUAUAUUUCUUAUCAACGACUUCAUCUUUCUGAAAAUCUAUUGUGAUUUGAGUA